GGGGUUGCGGGGAAAUAUCCUUUUUUUUUCUCUGAGCAUACCCUGGUCAUGCAAUAGACCAUUUAAUAUACGGCGGAUGUAUGUAUGUACAUACCCUUCCAACAAACGCAACCUAACGGCCCCAACUUCGAUCCCGCAAUGGUCACCACAUUCAACGUCAAUCCUCGUAUUUCUUCUCUAUUGCAUUUACCUAAUGACGUUGUAUCCAUCAAUGUCCCCUACGAUAGGUUCCUCUAAUUCUCAGUCCUCUCAGAGUCCAGCUACUGACACUACGCAUCAUGAUCAAUAACGUGUUCUCCACAGUCUCAACAUCUUUCUCGUCGGUGAGAUAUACGCAUCCGUUAUGACCGACAGACGCUAUAUGACUGGUGCCCGCUCGAUCGGCAUUCAUGGAUCCUUAAGUGGAGAUACGUCUCGUCAAUCAUGGUUAUGAGAUUAGAAUGAUCAACCAUCCAGUCACUGGCGAGGGGCAUCUUCGCGAUAAAAAUCGAACCAAGUCGAAAGGGAUUCUGCGAAGAACGGGACAGAUACGUAAGAUAGGCCAACCCCGAAGGGUAAAAAAAGAUUUGACCGACGCAGGGAUCGAACCUGCAAUCUCUUGAUUCGUAGUCAAGCGCCUUGCCAUUGGGCCAGCCGGC